UUGUUGUUAAUUUUGUGAUCAGUUUUUAUUUUAGAUACCUUUAUUUCAUAUUUCACUGAAGAUUUAAUUGAUCUGUUUGUAAUUAUGUGUGAAAAUAUGAAAAUAGUAGACGGUACUAUUCGGGUAAAAACGCCCAGUAAAAUGAGGUUUGGGCGUUAUUAUCCAUAUUGUGGGCGUAUUUAUACAUGGCCAAAAUUUGUGUGUCAUAUUCAUCUGCUUUUUACAGAUCGGGAAAAUGGCUCCAUCUAAUCCCACACGUAAGAAAAGAGGGGAGUCAUGGUCUGAAGAAACAAUGAAAGCUGCCAUUAAUGCCGUGCAAAGAGGACAUUUGACUCAGCGAUCAGCAGCAGAAAGAUAUAAUAUUCCGCGAAGAACUUUGAGAGAUCACUUAAAAACUGGUGAAGAAAUUAAACGUUUGGGGAGAAAGCCUAUUUUGACGAUGAAUCAAGAAAGAGAUUUAGCUUCUCGGAUAAAAAGAUUUGCAAGCAUUGGGAUUCCACUAACUCCUAAAUUCAUUAGAAAACAAGCUUUCUUAUUUUGCGAGAGGCAUGACAUCAAAAAUAAUUUCAAUAGUUCCAAAAGAAUUGCUGGUGUAGACUGGUUGAGACAAUUUUUAAAAAGAAAUCCAUCCAUUAGUAAACGUAAGCCGCAAAUGAUGAAUCCAGCGCGUGCACAAAAAUUAAAUAAACCUAUUGUUGAACAACAUUUUCAAAGUAUCCGUAAAUUGUAUGACGAGUUAGAUAUACUGCGACACCCAGAAAGGUUAUAUAACAUGGACGAGAAAGGAUGUCGAAUAACUGUGCAUAAACAGCAUACAGUUUUGGCAGCAAAAGGGAGCAAAAGAGUUCACCUCAUUGCUCCGGAGCAUGCAGAGAACGUGACGAUAGCGAUGUGUGUGAAUGCUAUAGGUACGGCGAUUCCAGCUAUGAUAAUUUUUAAAGGGCAAAGAAACAGACCAGAUCUAACAGAAAAUCUACCAGCUGGAACAUUAGUUAGAAUGGCACAGAAGGGAAGUAUGACUUCAGAUUUAUUUGUGGAAUUUAUUCAGCACCUGGCAAAACAUAAAGUCGCUGAUAAAUGUUUAUUAAUUUUUGAUGGAGCAAAGUGCCAUCUAUCAGUCGAGGCGCUAGAUGAAGCUGAUAAAAAUGAUAUAGUUCUCUACUGCCUCCCGUCAAAUACAACUCACGAAUUGCAACCGUUGGACAAAUCGGUAAAUAAAUCCUUUGAACAUCACUGGGAUGAAGCUGUCUUGAAUUUUUUGUCAGUCAACGUUAAUAGGACAUUGAACAAAGCCGAUUUUAAUAAAAUAUUUUCUCAAGUGUGGCCCAAAUGCAUGACACAUACUAAUAUAGUGAAUGGGUUCAAAGCUACAGGUCUUUACCCCUAUAAUCCUGAAGCAAUCCCUGAAGAAGCAUUUGCUCCAUCAGUUUUAUCUGAAAUUCCAUGUCCUCAAAAUCAAAAUAAACAAGUGGAGAAACCUGAUGCUAAUACUGAUACUGACUCUGAUGAAAAUCAGCCUAAUUUCCAUGUAAACCCAUCGAACAUACGGGUCUCGACUCCUGAUGAUUUUGAUGUUGAUUCUGGCAACGACCUAAAUGUGAUGCCUAGAAGAGAGAUUUCUUCUGAACAGUAUCAAAAUAUGCAGAAUUAUCUACCGUCUACUUCAGAAUUAAGGGAAACAAACAUUCCACGUAUUGUUGAUUAUAGCUCAUCUACUGAUUUUUCUGAAACUGAAUUGGAACAAGCUCCUCAUAAUUCUACACUGCAUGAUUCAGACCAUAGCUUAUGUGCUUCACCAUCCAUAAUUUCUGAAAAUGUAUGUGUGGUUCCUGAAACGCCUACAAAUAAAGAAAGCUAUAAUGACAUUGAUAUGGCAGUUCCGAGUUGUUCAGGUCUGCAAAGACCUAUACGCCGAAAUUACAGCUCUGAUUCAUCUGACAUAGAUGAUUUCAUAAACAAGCUAUCACAUAAUAACUUUAAAUAUUCAGUUGAAGACGUCUAUGGUUAUUCAUCAACAGAUGAAGAAAAUGAAAAUUUAGGUAUUAUAAAUAAAGGAGAGACAACGCCUAAAAAGCAAAUAAAAGAAGCAAAACCUAAUGAUGAUGAGUACUGUUUUUCAGAUGAAGAUGAUGUACCGUUGUUAAAUUUGAAGAAACCAAAUAACAAAACAGAAUUUGAAAAAUUUUUACCUACUCCUAAUUACGCUGUAACUAAAACAAACCGUCCACGAAAGAAAGCUAUCAAUUAUAAAGGUCAACGUAUUACUAAAGACCUCUUUAACAAAAAAGAUGAACGUAAAAAGAAAACAAAGAAAACCAAAACCAAAAAAAAUGAGAAGAACAAGAAGGAUAAGAUUAAAAAUAGAGUAAUAAAAACAAAAAAGAAGACACAAAAUAAAAAGAGAAUUAAUGAAAAAGAAGACGAUACAGAAGAAUGGUAUUGCUAUGCAUGCCAUGAAAAUACGAAAUUGGACAUGAGACAAUGUAAAUUGUGCAUGAAGUGGUACCAUGAGGAGUGUGUGGGCCUCUCGAAAGAUGAUGAAGACUUCAUUUGUUCAAGUUGUGAAUAAAUAUAAAAAGUUUUAAAUUCCAGUACAUUGUAAGACUGAUUACCGGUAGCACUGUAAGACUGAUUAUUGAUAGUCACUCAGAGUAGUUCUUAGGAUAUUUUAAUUCUGAUGUUUUAUUAUUUGAUUACUGAUCUCAUUAAUGUUUAAGUUUUGUACUUUAUUUCAGGGCGUUAUUUGAAGCGCUGUACUGGGGCGUCAUUAGCCAUCUACGUUUAAUAGCGCCCAAUAAGCAUUUCAUGAUAAUUAAUAUUUUUAUGAAAACUCCCAUAAAUGUUGAUUUUCUAUAGUUUUAAAACAUGUUAGAAGUAAGAUAUUUUUGUUAAAGAUGAUUACGUAGAAAAUACAAGAAGUGUUAGACGAGUUACUAAAUUUAAAUAUUGGCGUAUUUGUAAUUCAAUUAUGACUAUUGUGGUGCUUUAUAAAAAAAGUCAAUAUAAUUUACUUUUUGGUUUUAUACGGCUCUAAGUCGAAAUUUUAAUGUUUAUUGAGAUAAUUCGUUAAAUAAUAUUUGGGCGUUACUAAAAACUGUAUGUUCAAUAUCGCCCAUGACAGGGUAUUCAAGAAUUCUUUGUUUGCAUAAUUUUAUACGACUUAUAGCACUUGAGUGUUAGUUUUCUAUGUUUAUUUCUUCACAAUAAAACUAUUUCUCUAAACGGUUUUUUAAUUAAAU